AUGUCGACCCUUGAUGUUCAAAGAACAUCAAACAAAAUCAACCUUGUCGAAGCCAGCAUAGAGGAACUGCUUCAUACUUUGAAUGUCCGUGCGAUAUCCAGCGUGCAGCUUGUCUCACUCUACCUACACCGAAUUGGAUACUACGAUUGUCGUGGCCCUUCGCUGAACUCAGUUUGUGUUCUGAAUCCAAAUGCAUUCCACGAGGCCCAAGAAUCAGAUGACUAUCGAGCAAGUGGUCUGCCACCAAGGCCUUUGGAAGGCAUUCCAUUCACAGUGAAGGACAGUUUCAAGGUCAAAGGCAUGACCGUAGCCGCCGGGUCGCCUGCAUUUAGCGACCUAGUCGCCUCGGACGACGCAGCAAUUGUAUCUCUCCUUCGCGAGGCCGGAGCCAUACUAAUAGGCAAGACCAAUAUGCCGGCAAUGGCUGAUGGUGGGGGACAACGAGGACUUUAUGGCAGGGCAGAAAGCCCCUACAACCCCACAUAUUCAACUACGGCCUAUGCAUCUGGCUCUUCAAAUGGGUCUGGCACAUCAACAGCUGCAAGCUUCGCCGCCUUUGGACUUGCUGGCGAAACUGUUUCUUCGGGAAGGGCGCCGGCAUCGAAUAAUGCGCUUAUUGGAUACUCGCCGUCUCGGGGGUUGAUACCGAAUAGGGGCCAAUGGCCUCUGUACCCAACCUGCGAUGUUAUUGUCCCUCACACGCGAAAAAUGAAAGAUCUAUUUGUGCUCCUGGAUGUCAUAGUAGCUGAUGAUAAGAUUUCAGGAGAAGGGGUUGACUUCUGGAGGAACCAACAAUUCGUUCCGAUUCCUCAUGCUUCGGACGUUCGACCUGUCAGCUUCAACUCUUUAGCGGAUCCGUAUUCACUGGUCGGGAAACGUGUUGCUGUUCCCAGGUGUUUUAUCGGUAUUCAAUCUGCAAAGCCGUUUUAUGUCUGCACGGAAUCUGUGCAAAGGCUUUGGAAGAAAACACGUGCGACGCUGGAAGGUCUUGGAGCGACAGUCAUUGAGUCCGAUUUCCCCUUCCUCGAGCAGUAUACCAAAAAGGACUUCCCGGGGCAAAGUUGCAAUGUGCCCGGGAUGCCCAGUGACUGGAAUAGCGUUGAGCGCUGUCAAAUGAUCGCCACUGCCUGGGAUGACUUCCUCCGACAGAACAAAGACCCGAAUUGCUCAAGCCUUCCUGAGUCUGACCCUGACAAGAUCCAUCCACACAUCGCACCGAUGGAUGAUCCGAUAAGAUUUACCGAGACACAUAACCAAGUUCGUUAUUCUGACAUGAUUGAGUUUGUCAAGAAUCGAACAAAUUCAGUCGAUACCCUUCCUGGUACAAAAGAAGCUAUCCAGUCAUUGGAAAAUAUGCGGAAGAGAGAAUUCGAGGAUUGGAUGGAUUCUAACGACUUUGACCUUCUCGCUUUUCCGACUAACGGAGAUGUUGCGUACGCCAACUGUGAUGAGGAGAUAGAGCCGUUGACCCAUGCUCUACAAGACGGAGUCAAGUAUUCUAACGGUGGGCGAUCUCUCAAGCAUUGCGGUAUCCCUUGCAUCACCGUCCCAAUGGGCACAAUGAAGAGCAAGCGUAUGCCCGUGGGAGUCACAUUUGCAUCAAAAGCUUACGCAGACAACGAUCUCCUUCGCUAUGCAUAUGCAUAUGAAGCGGCAACUCACGCUCGAACUAUUCCUUCGUUGACUCCUCCCUUGCCGACUGACUACAUUUCACUGUCCCCUCUUCCGCAGGCGAAUUUAAUGAAAGCCAGGCCUUUCCUUGAAGUUACGGAAUUGAGAAGUGAGCCAGUAGAGGGGGUGAAGCAGAAUAUUUGCCGUCAUAUCUCGAUGGAAGGCACUGUCUUAUCCAGCGAUCAGAAAAUUGGUGUAUCUUCUGUCAAGAUAUUUGUCAAUGGUGAAGAGUCACCCGUGGAUCAUCUCAGUCACGAGAAAUGGAAAUGGGAAACUACGCUUUCUCGACCUGAACGAGUUGAACGAUUUCCCGAAAUUGGCAAAGUGCCAAAGAAUCAGUUUCUCAUCGUUGUGAUUGCUUCUUUGAAUAAUGGACGGGAUGCGGCCUCGAUGUUCUUGUUAGAUUGA